AUGGACAGACAGCUGGCACCUGCGCGAAUGGAUGCGGUUCUGGGUACCGAUGUUCAUCUUCUGGCUACUGUUGCCCGCAAUGUCCAUCCGGUUACUUCCAAUGCCACUUUUGCAUUUACCGUAACGCGUCAAUCGACUGGAAGAGCGCUUUGGGAUACGUCGAUUGGCGGCCUCCUCUUUGCCGACAAAUACAUCCAAAUUGCCACGCUACUGCCGUCGGAUCGCAUUUUCGGCUUUGGCGAGCAUGUGCACAAGAAGAUGAAGCACGACAUGACUCGAUACACAACAUGGCCAAUGCUGGCGCGUGACAUUGGCCCCGACAGUGGAUCAGUGCUUUCCACCCAAAAUCUCUACGGGACCCAGCCGUUCUAUCUCUGCGUGGAACCCGACGGCAAAAGCCAUGGUGUGCUGAUCAUCAACAGCAAUGCACAGGAAGCCACCCUUGGUCCAGCCCCCCACCUCAUCUACCGUACGAUUGGCGGCCAAUUGGACAUUGUCUUCUUCCCGGGACCUAAACCCGAAGAUGUCGUUCAAGGCUUCCUCGCCUACAUCGGCCGUCCAUUCCUUCCGGCCUAUUGGGCCCUCGGGUAUCAGGCGGCCGGCAUUCCACUUGACGUACCGUAUGCGGACAUUGACUAUAUGAGCCAUUAUGAGGAUUUUACCGAGGGGGAUAAGUGGGCCGGGUUCCCGGACUACGCGAAGCAACUCCAUACGCAGGGCCUGCAUCUGAUCCUGAUCUUCGACCCGGCCAUCGAGGUCGACUACGAUUCUUUCCAAAGAGCCAGACAACAGAAUGCCUCCUUCAUCGAGUGGCCGAGGUUUGAGCUUGUUCCACACCAGGUCCAGGACCAAUAUCCCAUGGCCAAGGAUACGAAGAUUAUGCUGGGAAAUGUAUGGCCCGAACGUAACACAGCCUUCCCCGACUUCCUCGACCCAACCAACAUCACCAACAACUGGUGGACCGCGGAGUUUGCCCGCUUCCACAAUACCCUUGGCUUCGAUGGCAUCUGGAUCGACAUGAACGAGCCGUCAAACUUUGACACGAACGUCUAUUCGUCGAAUCGGAUUGAUGGCGAGGCACCGACGGGGGAUAAGCUCGCUUGUCCCAUAUCCGGAGCCGACGGAAAACUGGAUAACCCACCCUACCCAACGCAGGCAGUAUAUUUACAUAUGGGCGAGUACUUGUGCUCGAAAACGUUAUGUAUGAAUGGAAAGACGACGAGGGGUACGCAAGACUUCUACAAUACGAAGAACCUCUACGGGUGGUCCGAGGCUCGUGCCACGUCAGCAGCCCUUUCGGCGGCCACCGGAAAGCGUGGAGCCGUCAUCUCACGCUCAACCUUCAUCUCUUCCGGUCGUUAUGCUGGCCAUUGGCUCGGGGAUAACACUGCCAGAUGGGAGGACCUUCAGACCUCGGUCAUUGGGGCGAUGGAGUUCAACCUGUUCGGCAUCCCCUACGUCGGAUCGGAUAUUUGCGGGUUUAACGGAAAAACGACAGAAGAGCUCUGCCUCCGCUGGCAUCAAAUGGGAGCCUUCCACUCGUUCUCCAGGAAUCAUAACACUCAGGGAGACCCGGCACAAGAUCCAGCCGUCUGGCCCUCCGUCGCGUUGGCGGCCAAGAUUGCGCUAAUGUUCCGCUAUCAAUACCUACCGUAUCUUUACAGCCUCCACUACCGCGCCUCCCUAUUCGGAGCGACCGUCAUCCGGCCACUAUUCUUCGAAUUUCCCACCGAUUCCGAGACGUUCACCAUCGACCGUCAAUUCUUGUGGGGGUCGGCGUUGAUGAUUGCCCCGGCGCUGGAUCCGGGCGUCACAACCGUCCGCGCCUAUUUCCCCUCGGAUCGUUGGUAUUCACUCCAGAAUGAGACAUAUGGACAGCAGAUGCCCGUCGGCUUCAACACCGUCCCAGCCCUCACCACGGCACUGACGCCCGUUUUUGUGAGGGGCGGCUACAUCCUCCCCCGCCAAGGCCCCGCCACAACCACCACCGCCGCCCGGAAGAACCCGUUCGAGAUCCUGAUCACUGUCGCCGGAAAUGGCGGUUCUACCGGUGAACUCUAUUAUGAUGACGGUGAAUCGUUGUCCGACGAUAUCUUGAGCAAUCCCCAUUUCUACUUCAACUUUUCGUAUUCGGCCACCGACGGUCAGGCGACAGUGAAUAUUGGGUGUAGCAGUCCGAUGGAGCUAACCCUUCCCACCCUUGACGUCAUCGAAAUCUUUGGCUACGCGUACACGCCUGACUACACGAGUUUCUACUGGAACGGCAACAAGCUGAACGUGAACGUGCAGACGUCGUCGUACAACGCGCUGCGCCGAAUUUUGACGCUGCGCACGGUGGGGCUGAUCGAUCUGAAUGUCGCCGCGCAACGCACCAACAACGUCCUCACGUGGACGCAUAAGAAGAAU